UUUUGGAUGCUUCUCGCCGCGCCUCACCUCACUCGUAAAACAGUUGAUAAGUGCACCGCGACAUAUAUUCCAAAGGAUAUAAAUAGAGCAGCGUCGUCAGCUGUGGAAACUAACAUGAUAAGACGUGCCCCCGAGUGGUUAUAGAGCGGGAAAAACGCGAGACGAUUACGAUUCGAUUUGAGUUUGUUGUUGCUCCCUUCCCUUCUGUUUUUUUCUUCUUUUUGUCACACCAUUUGACAUCGUUGCCAAAACGCUGCCGCUGCUGCUGCUGCUGCCGUUGUUAUUAUGUAAAAUCAGUGCGGAAGCAAUACGGUUGGACAACAAACAAAGGCAGCGCAUAAGCAACUCCUGGACGCCCAACACAGCCACACAGCCAGCCAGCCAGCAGCUGCGUGAAAGUUGAACGCCCAACAGAGGCAGGCAUACAGGCAGGCCAUCAACAGGUCACAGCACCUUCAGACGGGGGGAGCCAAUAAGUAGCCAUUUCCCACUGCCAGCUGAGUGUUGUUUGCUCCCCGAUUGAAGCCAUGACUUCGGCCACAGACACAGCGCAAGGCCAGCAACCAAGUGCCAGUGCCAGUGCGAGUGGCAGCGAUGAAUCCUCAACAACUGUCGGUUCAGGCUCCACCAGUGGACGGCAUCAGCUGCGACCCGUGAAGUACGAUUAUGCCGAUUCCUUUGCCUGCACCUACAUUGUCUCUGUGGUGGCUGCCUCUGUGGCCGAACUGGCCACAUAUCCCCUGGAUCUGACCAAGACACGACUGCAGAUACAAGGCGAGGCGGCAGCAGCGCCAGUUACCACAAGCGGCAGCACUCUUGCUCCACCAGGAGCCAAGGGCAAUAUGCAAUAUCGCGGCAUGGUGGCCACCGCCUUUGGCAUUGCACGCGAGGAGGGCGCCCUCAAAUUGUGGCAGGGCGUGACACCGGCGCUCUACAGACACGUCGUCUAUAGCGGUGUGCGCAUCUGCAGCUACGAUCUGAUGCGCAAGGAGUUCACGAAGAACGGCAGCCAGGCAUUGCCCAUAUGGAAGUCCGCUUUGUGCGGCGUCACAGCCGGUGCCGUUGCCCAGUGGCUCGCCUCGCCCGCCGAUCUAGUCAAGGUUCAGAUCCAAAUGGAGGGACGGCGCCGUCUGAUGGGUGAGCCGCCGCGCGUCCAUAGCGCCGGUCAUGCCUUCCGUAAAAUUGUCCAACGUGGCGGCAUCAAGGGUCUGUGGAAGGGCAGCAUACCGAAUGUACAGCGUGCCGCUCUGGUCAAUCUGGGUGAUCUGACCACCUACGAUACGAUCAAGCAUCUAAUUAUGGACCGACUCCAGAUGCCCGACUGCCACACCGUCCAUGUGCUGGCCUCCGUGUGUGCGGGCUUUGUGGCGGCCAUUAUGGGCACACCAGCGGAUGUGGUGAAGACGCGCAUCAUGAAUCAGCCCACAGACAACAAGGGAAACGGUCUGCUCUAUCGUGGAUCUGUGGAUUGUCUGCGACAAACUGUGGCCAAGGAGGGUUUUCCAGCGUUGUACAAGGGAUUUCUGCCCUGCUGGAUACGAAUGGCACCCUGGUCGCUUACCUUCUGGUUAUCCUUCGAGCAGAUACGCAAAAUGAUUGGAGCUUCUGGCUAUUAAGAAACAAAAACAACAAAGCCACAAAUAUACAUAGUACACACACAAAACACGUUACACGAUACAUACAUUACAUAUGUGUGAGUGUCUUUUCUUGUUUUAAAUCUAAAUGUACAUAAUGCACACACACACACACACAUUCAGACUACAUAUGUAUCUGCUACGUUAAAGCAUUCGUUCGUUGGUUCGUUCGAUUGUUUAGUUUUUGUUUGAUUUGCGACUCUAGAAAUCUAGAAAAUAAGCCCAAACGCCUGGCUGUCUGUCUGUUCCUCAAGUUUUCCCCUCGCGCGACAGAGAGUGAGCAGCUUUCAGUUUUUGCCAGCAGCUCUUCUUCCAUCCCCUUUUAAAGCUGUAAGCAAUCUAACCAUUAUUUCGUUUUCCUUCUUUUUGUUAUUGUUGUUUGCCCUCUAAGCGAAUUAUAAAA